AAACAUCAUGUAAUGUAGACAGUAACUUGGUAGAUUUAAAGCUUGCAUCUUUCCCAAGCAACAAAAAAAAAAAAUCUGCCCAAAGUUCUGUUCUUGGAAGAUCCUGCCAUCCUUUUCUUCUGACUUCAUUCUGAUUCUCUGGUAGAACAUGAACUCCAAAUUCCCAUUACUCUAAAUACUUCCCAGAUCAUUCAGAUCCACUCUCCAUUGAGGAUUCAAUCCGUCUCUUUUUUCCUUGGCAGGAAAUGGCUGAUUUCAAAAAACCCACAGUUCCCAGCAAAUCUUCAUACAAUUGCCUCUAUCUCGAUCCCCUAACUGAUCCAAAGCACCACCAUAGCUGCAGCGAAGGAGACCUCGCAGCAGUUUUCACUGACAACAAAGAGAAUAAUCCCAUAUUUGGAAGUGGCAAAGAAAAUGCAGUGCCCAAAAGCUCUAAUGCAAAUGGGUCUCUUCCCUUAAUGCCAAAGCAGUUUUCAAAUAUGAAGUCUUUGUCUACAGGGAGAGUUCUGAAGCCAACUUCGUUGCAGUUCUGUAUGCAGAUGAAUGAACCAGAAAGGGCUUUGAAAUCCAAAUUAUGGGACCCGGUUGAAUCUGAGAAAUCAGCUGCUUCCCUAAAUAUUUGGGACUAUUCAGAUUCUGAGGCUGCUCCUGCUUCUUCUUGGUCUACAUUGCCUAAUAGGUCAUUGCUAUGCAGACCAUUGCCAUUGGACAUUGGGAGAUGCACUUGUGUUAUUUUGAAGGAAGCACUGCCACAAGGGUUAAAUGGUGGUACAGUGUACGCCCUCUAUACCAAUGAAGGACAGGGACGACAGGAUCGGAAACUAGCUAUAGCUCACCAUAAGAGGCAUAAUGGGAAGUCAGUGUUUACUAUAGCUCAGAAUUUGAAGGGACUUUUAUCUACUUCCGAUGAUGGUUUUGUUGGGAAUGUAACAGCUAACUUCAUGGGUUCCAAGUAUCACGUAUGGGAUCAGGGUGGUCGUCUCGGUUCACCAUCUAAGCGUAAUCCCCUUCUGGCUGUUAUUACAUUCAUGUCUACCAUAGUAACUUGCACUGGGAGUUACAGAAGCAUGAGGGUCUACAUACCCAAGCACCAAUCUAUGCGGCUGAAGAACACAGCUCAGAUGCAACACAUUAAUGGUCUGCCAAAGGAUUGGGAGGCAAAAAUGGACAAAGUACAUAAGUUACAUUCAAAGACUCCAAAGUACAAUAAUAUUUCAAAACAAUAUGAAUUAGACUACAGAGACAGGGGCAGAGCUGGUCUUGGUAUCCAAAGAUCAGUGAAGAAUUUCCAGCUUAAAUUGGAGGAGCAUGGAAAGCAGACAAUUUUGCAGCUUGGAAGAGUGGGGAAAUCAAAGUUUGUGAUGGAUUUCAGAUACCCUUUAACAGGUUACCAAGCAUUUUGCAUAUGUUUGGCUUCAAUUGAUUCAAAACUUUGUUGCACAGUUUGAUUACAACUUACAAGCUACCACCAUCCUUUUCUGUUCAAACUCUGAACAAAAUUUUUUUCAGCUUCUAUUUUCUGGUUCCUGCCAGUGCUUCUUACAUCUCCAGAAGCACACCUAGAAAGAGUGAAUUUGUAAGGUUAGGGAGAAGUUGUUAGCUAUGAAUGUUUGCUGACUGUGAUACCUGAGCCUUCAGAAUUUGCAAGGAUGAUUUCAAUUUGAUGUGUUCCUCUA